UGCUCUAUGUUCAAGUGAAUGUCAGUCGGAAGAGUUUACUGGUUUGCCAAGUGUCGGGGCGCCCUGCUUCAGGCCCGAGGAGAGGCUUCACAUGGAGGUUUUUGUGGGGAGAGGAGGGAGCCAGACAGGCGACAGUCAGCUCUGUCUUGGCCUCGGGGCAGAGGUAGGGAGCGAGCGGGCGGACCAAUGAGAAGGAGACAUCCACUCCCCUCAGUCCUGCCCGGCCCGGCUCAGCUCGGCGCACCCUGUAAUUAGGAGCUCUGGUUGGGUUGGGCGCCGCCACCGUGGACAUCCUGGCUGCUGCUGCGUCAAGGGAGUUUGGGAACGCCAGCUCCAGACUGCGAGAGGAUUUGUGAACUCAGCCACCGGUCCCGAGUUCAGAGCAAACAACAGAGCAAGAGAGACAUGAACGGACAACCCUCACCUGUGUUCGAGGAGAAGAAGCCCUCGCUCCCCGUGGCUGGCAGCUCCAUCUCGGCCACCAAGGCUUCACCGACCCUGCCGGAGUCCUCGUCCACAGACAUGGGCUUCUACAGCGGCCAGAGCGCGCUCCACGGCGGCUCGCAGGAUUUCUACCCGGCUCAGCAGCAGCAGUACGCGGCUCAACACAUGAACCCGUACGCGUACCACCACUACAGCCUGAGCGGGAUGGCUGCCGGCGGCGCGUACCCGGUGGGCAAAGCUGAGUACCCGUACCCGCACGCAGCGUACCGGGAGCACGGUGCGUUCGGCCGGGAGGUGCAGUCCGCGAUGCAGGACGGAGUGAAAGAAGAGCCAGACAUGGAGGUCCGCAUGGUCAACGGGAAGCCCAAGAAGGUUCGCAAACCCCGGACCAUCUACUCCAGCUACCAGCUGGCCGUCCUGCAGAGGAGGUUCCAGUCGGCCCAGUACCUGGCGCUGCCUGAACGGGCCGAGCUGGCGGCGCAACUGGGCCUCACGCAGACUCAGGUGAAAAUCUGGUUCCAGAACCGUCGCUCCAAAUUCAAGAAGCUCUACAAGAACGGAGAGUUUCCACUCGGGGAAAUCGAGCACAGCCCGGAGGCCAGCGAUUCCAUGGCCUGCAACUCCCCCCCCUCCCCCGCGGUGUGGGAGAGCAGCAGCAACACAAACAACAACAACAACAACAGCAACACAAUCAGCAGCAGCACAAACAGCAUCAAGAGCAAUGCCCUGCUUGAGCCGACCAGCAGGGGGCAGGGUCCCUACCCGCCUCCUGUGGAUUCCUCGCCCACCUACAUGGGCGAGUUCUCACAUCAGAACUGGUACCAGCAGCAGGGGGCGCAUUUGGGCCUGCCGCUGCUGGCGCCAACGCACCACACGCCAUCCACGGCGCCGUCCGCCGCACAGAGCAUGGGAGCUGUGUACUGACACAAGGACGCUGCUGAGCAGUGUGAACGGAGCCCUGGGGGCUGGGGGUGGGGGCGGGGUGCUGUUUUCUGACGUCAUCACACACGGGUCACGACUGUAAAACCUGACACGCAUGUUGUUUAACAGGCUCAAAUGUACACAGAGGCAAAAACUCCUGGCCUCAGUUAACCUCCUCGUCGGUGACGCUCGUCAUCACGCAGAGCGCCGGAGCAGCGGUGCGGGGGGGUUUUCGGUGCAGACGCUCGUACUGACCUUUUUUUAUUUGAAUUCACAGAAAAUAUUUUGUAUAUUUAAUAUUUUAAAUCUGACGGUAUUUAUGUCAAACACCAUUUGAACUGUUCAACUGAGUACUACUGAAAUUCUCCCAGGAAAUUAGCGUAAACGGUAAAAAAACUACGUCAACACUCCGUCACCAUGGACCGAACGAUGUCUGCACAUGUUUUAUCAAAGCUUUAUUACACAACAGACACACGUGCACGCUGUCAGACGGGAGGUCUCACUCGGAUUCAAACGUACGCACAACGACGACGUCGUGGACAGAGUUGUAUUGAACCUUCCUGUCUCAAGGGGGCGCUGUGGGAAUCUGAUAAACUGUCGUAAGUGAUGUCACAUGAUUCAGACGAGUUUACCAGACUUCCGUCGACUCGUCUCAGUUUGAGGCGACACGCCUGAAUCUCUGUCAGGGGUUGAGUUGCAUUGUGGGGGAUGUAGGCGCCAGGCUCACGCAUUACGUCAGGUGUGAUACAGAGGGAGGAGUCAGCUCCUCUUAUAAUGGUGUUAAAGGUUUAUUUUAUUUUUAAAGUCAAACAAUUUACUUUAAUAUUAAAAAAAACAACAAAUAAUGAUAAAAGAAUAAAGGGAUAAAAGGAAUUCUUAUAUUUAUGAUUCUUCCGUGUUUCUAGUGAAGCCACAUGGACGUCUGCUACACGUGUGAUUGAAGGCGUGUGUGAUGACAUCACGGUGUCGGUGACUGGACGAUGUCAGUGAUAAAAAAACAACUUGUGUGAUUGAAUGAAGUUUUAUUACGAACCUUUGGAUGAAUGUUUACAGGAUGUGAUGUAUUUAUUAUAAUCUGUCAUGAAAUAAUCUUUAUUCACGAUUCAGCCGCUCGUUGUCAUCGCUGAUAAAAGACAUUCUCACAGAUUCGUCUUUUCUUCGUGUAUUAUUCAGAGUUAAAGUCUCUGCAGGGAUUCAGUGUGUCAACACACUGUCUGCUGCAACUCCCAUAAUGCAACUUGGCAGUGUAUUUCAGUAAACCCCGCUCUCCAGAUAAAUGCCACAUGUUUUAAACUUCUUGUUUUCACUCUUUAAAUUUGUGUUUAACCUCCGAACCAAAACUGGAACAUCAGAACCAACAAAACUUCUCAGUGACGUUGUGCGACAGUUUUUUGCGGCUGUGAAAUAUUCUGCACCGCAUGAAAUCUGAUCUUUAAAGUUGUUGCAGUGAACCUUUAAUUCAAGUUCACAGACACAACGAGGCCCAGAAAUACCCAGGAAGAGAAACAGUGACGGCGAGUUGGAAUUUAAAAGUCUAAAAAUCAGUUUUAUAUUUUGUGUUAACAUGUGUUGUACUCAGGUCUUUUAUUUAUAGAGUCAACUGCAAAUCAACGCAGUUCAGUUUAUGCAAAAACAUUUAUGUUUCAGAAAUUGAGUUAAAAAAUAAAAUGUCUUUAUUUGA